AUGGCAACAGCGAUCGUCGACAGUGUAAAUCCUCACUCCUUUCUGUCUUCCGAACCGAGUGUCUUCACACCCGCCGUGGACAGCAACACAGUCUCGUCUCAGACUGAAACAAGCACCCCGUCUUCCUCUUUAUCCUCUGAUUCGGCGGAGAACGGUCGGCCUAGCAAGACAGAGAAUGAACCUCAAAAUGCCCAACUCAAUGAGAGGAAUGAAGCAGAACCUCGACUCGAGGAUGCGAAAGAUGCUCCAUGGUUGGUUGAACACUGGAACAGAGUCACCACGCUCGUUGAGCAACGUCCUUUACAAGAGCGGAUUCAAGACGUCCCAGCGCGACUUUUUCACGAGGCAAUGCUCCAUCGACUCUUUCACGACCGUCUUGAGGCACUCGAGGCUGCAAUUCUUGGACCGCAGAAACUGGACCCUACCAAUUAUAACAAAAGCAAGGUGCCUGAUAGCGAGGCUACCACCAAAUGGCUCAGCUGGCAAGAGUACUCCGUUGCAUGCGACGUACCUGAUUCGAAAGGCGAGUGGAAGCACGUCCCGGAAAUCGACAACAGCCCACAGAGCAUCAUUGAGACUCUAAUCGAAGAACCUCUAUCGUUCAGAGGGGCGCGAUCGGUAACGACAAAACAGUCCCCCGGGGUUGGCGCUGGGAACAAAGUGAUCAUUGAUGGCAAAGAGGCCAGCCUUCCUAUGUUUCAGAUUCGGCUUCGCUCGCCAAUUCUUUUGAAGGUUUUGAAUGAAGUUACAGACCAGCUCCCGUCGCGCGGUCCCCACGAGCAUAAAGUCACCUUCAUGAGGCCCUUUAAGCUGUUGACUCUGUUCUGGAAGGAGCUCUUGGAACAUCAAAAGAAACUCGAACAGAUCCAUCGUGACAGCACAGCUGAAAGUCAAGUCCCUUCAACGGCACUUGGCCCAUUAAAAGAAACGGAGAGUCCAAAGGCCCUUGAACAUCUACGGUUAUUGAAUGAAUUUAUGGCAAAUCAUUUAGGUCGUGUCUUCAAGUUAAGGGAGGAUUUUGAGAAGGGCACGGCUCGCAAAGUAGCAUUCUGUGAUCUUUGGCAUCUGUUUCGACCAGGCACCACCGUCCGCACUCCCGCUACAAAACAGAUCCAACUAUACCGGGUGAUUCGGGUAACGGGAGGGAGACCGCUUUACUCCAUCGUGGCUGACCCCCCGGCAAACUAUGCUGGGGUCAAAUUGAAGGACCAAGGAUACUCCCCGGGAAGUUUCAUAAUGGAGUGCUUCUACAUCGACUUUGAUGGGACCCAAUAUGGCCCAGUAAACCGUACAUUCCAGAUCCGGAAGUAUGAAGGUGAGCGAGAUAUGACUGCUCUCCCGGUAUAUCCAUUGCAAUGCGAUCCGGACCAUGAAAGCAUUCGUGAAGCGAUGGUCACCCGAGGUGAAAACUUCGCAGUUUUAUCGAACCCACAAAAGACAGCACAUAAGCAAUACCGUGGGUUAACCCUGGAUAAGCAUCCGGAACAAGUGGAAUCCCAGGUAAUCAUUGAUUUCCAACUGGCGUUUCUAGAGAUGUCAGACAACAAACCACAGAUUGGACUGGAUAGUCUAGUCGACCAUGACGCCCGGGAGACGAAUUUGGGUUAUUUCCAUUGUAUUCCAUGUGGCUCAGAAGGCUGCUGUGGGAACGACUGGAUUGCCCCAGACUACGGCAUCGAUGAGAAAGAAGAACAGGAAUUCAAAGUCCUGAAUGGGAGCUUAAUUGACUCCACGGGAUAUGUGGAAGACUUGACCCGAGACCAGAAGGCCCUACUUCCCUUUAAGGUCUAUGGGUUUGUUCUCCGUUCUCGCAAAUGGGCAACGUUCGAUAUCGAGAGCAUUAGCGAUGUUCAGUAUACCGAUGGGUGGCAAAACUUGGUUAUCAAUGACACAAGUCUGAAGGGCGAGGGGGGUUCUCUGCCAUCUGUCGACCUUAUUCAGGGCAAAGGUAAGGGUCUGAUUAUUUUGCUGCACGGCGAACCGGGAGUUGGCAAGACUAGUACAGCUGAAUGCGUUGCCGAUCAUACCAAACGGCCUCUUUUCCCAGUCACAUGUGGUGACAUAGGAGACAACGCUGAAUUUGUGGAGAAGAACUUGGAGCGGAACUUCCAGCUUGCUCAUAAAUGGGGAUGCGUUCUCCUUCUUGACGAAGCCGAUGUUUUUCUUAAGCGACGCAAUGAUACCGACCUCCCUCGCAAUGCUAUUGUUUCAGGUAGGUCCGUCCCUCCGUUUGUUGAUUAUAUAGAUGAUAUUAAUUGCAAAUUCCAUUACGAAGUUUUCCUUCGAACCUUGGAAUACUACAGUGGGAUCCUAUUCCUGACCACAAAUCGCGUCGGCCAAAUCGACCGGGCAUUCAAGUCCCGAAUCCAUGUCAGUUUGUAUUAUCCGAAACUGGACAAGAAAACAUCCAUCCAGAUAUGGAAGAACAACAUCAGGCGGAUCAGGGAGGAGUUCGAGGCGCAGAAUCCGGACUUCGAUAUCCGGGAGAAAGAAAUCAUCCGGUUCGCAAAAGAACAUUUCAAGGAGAUCAAAGAUAAGAACCUGCUCAACUGGAAUGGAAGACAAAUUCGCAACGCAUUCCAGACAGCCGUUGCUCUGGCUGCCUUCGACGCACGGAAAAACAAACGACCAAGUUAUAUCAUCCUCGGUAAGGAACAAUUCACCCGAGUCGCCGCCGCCGCCGAGGAAUUCGACAGAUACCUCCUCUCCCUCAGCCAGGGAAAGAAUGAUUCACAACUUGCCGAAGAGCAUCGCUGGCGCGCCGAUAACUUCCAGAGCCAACCCAUGGUGGUGCCCAUGGUACCCAACACGGAUCCGGGUCGCUCAGUAUAUGCGUUUGGGCAGCCGAGCCGUCCUUCCAAAGGCCGAGGGCCUGAGAGAGGGCUGUUCAAGGAAACGCAGCCUUCAGACACUGAUUCGGACUCGAGUACAUCAUCGGAUAACGAAGAGUCCAGUGAGCCAGACCUUCGACAUGCUGAAAGCGAUGAGAGCUCCGAGCCUGAAUCGGACUUGAUUUCAUCAGAGGAGGAUAGGAAGAAAAAGCGUAAAGGAAAGUCUACUUCGAAGACAAAGGAUGGGAAGAAAAGAUCGAGUCGAAUCGGACGGACGUUAGUGGAAACCCUCCUACUCCGGCCUAAGCACACCAUCAUUGCCAGUGUCCGCGACACAGCUGCAGACUACGUCAAGGAGCUAGAGGCCUUGCCCAAGGCUGAUGGCUCGCGUCUACAGCUGGUAAAGAUUGAAAGCAGCAACUCGGCCGAUCCUGCGGCGGCUAUCAAGGUUCUCACGGACGUCGACCACAUCGAUGUGGUAGUGGCUAAUGCCGGCGGAGCCGGCGAGAAGGGCUUCAUCCCCUUAGACGUGGUGAGCUCCGAGACCGUGACCGACGUGUUUACCGUGAAUGCGCUCGGGCCUCUGGCUCUGUACCAGGCCAUCAAGCCUUUGCUGGAGAAGUCCCAGGCCCCCAAGUGGGUAUCGGUCAGCAGUGCUGCCGGUUCGAUUGGCUGGCUUGAGCUUCACAAGACUCACAUCGUUCCGGCGUACGGAAUCGCCAAGGCGGGUUUGAACUGGCUCACCACUGCCAUCCACAGCGCCAACAAGGGCUUCAUUGCCUUUGCCGUGCAUCCCGGCCUCGUGCAAACGGAGAGCGGCAACCAGGGUGCCCGCGCGAUGGGCCUUCCCCAGGCCCCCAACUCCCAGCGCCAGAGUAUCGAUGCCAUUCUAGGCCUAAUUGAUAAUGCGUCUCGGGAGACGACCUCGGGCAAGUUCUUCAACGUGAUUGAUGGCACAGAGAUCCCGUGGUAG